UAUUGUCCUAAAAGACCUCUGGUGGUGUAAGUUGCGUGUUUGCAUGCGUACUAGUGCAAGGGUCUAACAUAACGUAGGGAAUGAAGCACAACAACGUUUUACCUAAUGCUCACUUUAAGAAGGACUGGGAUCGCCGUGUGAAGACCUGGUUCGAUCAGGCUGGACAGAAGAGACGCCGCAGACUGCUCCGUAAGGAAAAGGCUGCCGCGAUCGCUCCUCGCCCUGCUGCCGGACUGCUCCGCCCUGUUGUCCGCUGCUCUACGCAGAAGUACAACAUGAAAACCAGACUGGGCCGUGGUUUCACUCUGCAAGAGUUGAAGGAGGCCGGAAUCAACCCCCGUGAGGCUCUGACCAUCGGUAUUGCUGUGGAUCAUCGUCGUGUGAACCGCUGCGUGGAGUCUCUGCAGGCGAACGUGGAGCGUCUGAACGCGUACAAGAGCAAGCUGAUCCUGUUCCCUCGCGGAGUGAAGGGAGAGAAGGGAGUGGCCACUGCUGAGGAGAUGGCUGCUGCCACCCAGCUGAACGGCACCAUCCUGCCGAUUGAGAAGGUCGCCCCGAAGGUGGAGUUCAUGGAAGUGACUCCCGAGCUGAAGAAGCGGUCUGCGUUCAUGGGACUGAGACAGGCUCUGUGCGAUGCCCACAACUUCGGUAAGCGUGCCAAGCGCGCUGCCAAGGCUGCUGAGAAGGAGAAUUAAGUUGUGUUUCGGUCUUGGACAUUUAU